CCCGCCCCGGCCUGCCGCUCCUGCCAUCACACGUACACUCCCUCCCGACCACCCAAGCGAGCCACAGCCACCGGAGCAGAGCGCCGAGCCCCCAGGCAGGAUCCCAUGGCCGCCACCGCCGUCGCGGCGUCUCUGUCCGUGGCCCGGGGGCUCGGGAAACCCCUCCGCGCCGGCGGCAGCAGCGGCGCGUCGUCGCUCCGCGUCGUCUCGCCCCGUGGCAGGGUGGCCGUCGUCCGGGCGUCGUCGUCCGCGCAGAGCCCGGCCAAGGAGUGGGCGGCCGCGGCGGCCGUCGCGGCGGCGCUGGUGCUGCCGGAGGUCGCGGAGGCCGCGCAGCCGGGGAUCUCACCCUCGCAUAAGAACUUCCUCCUCAGCAUCGUCUCCGGCGGGGUCGUGCUCGUCGCCAUCGUCGGCGCCGUCGUCGCCGUCUCCAACUUCGACCCUGUCAAGCGGGGCUGAGCUCCACCACAAGCACGGCCGCCGGCCGCGCCAUGGCUGUGCGUAUACCUAUGUACUGAUGAGACUGAGAGCGGUCGGUCUGGUCUCUUCUCCGUGUGCUUCCGAACGAAACACAGUGUCUGAUGCGUCCAUCUUUUGCCGUGUAAAUUUCAUUUCCUGCUCGUGAAAUCUCGUGUUCAUUGAGAUCGAGCCCCCCCACAGGUUCAUCUAGGAUCGAUCGGUUCGAUUUAAUUUUACCGUGGGUCUGCUAGAGUUUCACUUUGCGACACAUGCCGCAUCGGAAUUCGAUCGGGCUAUUAUUAUAGGCGAGCAAUUCAGGUUGAGCUCUAGUAGUAUAUAUCACUGGAGCGAAAAACCACGUUUCUCUGAAGAAAUAAAAGGUUGAUCCCAAA